UGUUUGACAGUAUGGUGUCUUAUCGUGCAAAAUGUGGUAAAUUAUAGUUGUUGUAGGGAAAAAGCGUUGUUCUUGUCGAUUGUUGUGAAUCUUUUGAUGAACAAAAGUAAUGUAAAAACAAAAUAUCCCGAAAAUUAAAAACCGCAGUUCCAACAUAACUUUACUGGAAUUGUGUUUCAAUUUAAUACAAUAUACAUAAUUUAAAAAAAUGACUAGUGAACUAAACGCGUAUUUUCUCUUUAAAGCACGGUUAAAAAGGUCGAAAUUAAUAUAAAACUAUUAAAUGGCGUAUUUCAAACUAACAGUGAGUGAAAACUAUGUGUCUAGUAGGUAAUGGGCUUAAAAAUAAGUGAAUAGUGCACCUAACCUCAUCUGCAAUGAUUUGGUUUCUAGUUCAAAAACAACGUAGCAGGCCUUACGUUUUAUUAGUCAGGACUCUUGAUUUGCUUUUCUAAUAAAUGAUUUAGAAGGAUUUUUUGUUUAUUUGAGGUAUUAAAUGUGUAAUAUGAACAGUUUUUUGAGUCCGGUUAAUUGGUUACGGAAUUACAGACCGUUAAGUGAUUAGUUUUAUGUAAAACAAUGUCAGGGGUAGUUUUUUGGCCGUGCCGGUGAAAAAAGACUGUAAUUACAACGGGAAAUGCUUAAGACAUCAGUAAUUUUAAAUUUCGUCGCAUUUUGAUGUAAUUUGCCAAGCAUAAACAAUGGUCAAAACAUAACGAGUGAGUUCGAAAAUGUCCGAAGAUUUUCAUGAUGAAAAUAAUAGCUCAAAAUUGUCCAAUUGUGCUAAUCCCUUCGAAAAUUCAAACGAAAUAAAUACCGCCGAAAACAGCGAUUUCAGUGACGAGGAAGAAAUUAAUGUCAUAGAAAAUGUAUUUACGAACCAUUUGCAAAACGAGAGUACAAGUGAAGAAUUAAACACAAAUGCGUCAUUCAACUGUAACUGUCAAACAUCUGCCAAAAGUGAGGUUAAGUUGUUUUCUAACUGGUUAAGGUUGACUUCUAAUCUUUUAUUAACUGAAUGUGAUAGAAGUCUCGAACAAGAAAGGGAGAUAUCUCUUUUACGAAAGGAAAAUGAAAUGCUUAAAGAAAAAAUAAGUCGUUUGGAGAAGCUUAUUCCUAUACAAAUUGAUGAAAAACAAAACACAGAAGCCAUUCUUUUUAAACCAAACACAGAAGGCAUUAACUACGAGGUUAUUUUAGAAGAUAUGACCCAAGGCCCUUUGAAAGAAGAAAUACAAGAGGAAGUACAAGUUGUAGUUCAACCGAAUUCUCCAAAUGAUCAUAGUUACACGGAACUAAGUGAUUAUAAGACUGAAAACGGUCUAAGUUUACUUACUUGUGAAUCUCAAACACCUGUUGUGACUUUAAAUGAUGUGAAAGAUGAAGAAAACAGUGUACAUAGUGAAACAGAACUAAACAGUGAAGGACUUUUGAUAGGAAAUAUAGACGAUAGUUGGAAAAGUGACUUUAAUCUAGGUGAGAAUAUAGAAGUGUCUGGGUAUCAUUUCUCUGUGAACAAUAUUAGUGAGUUUGAUCCCAUGAAAAAUUUAAAAAUGAGUAUCAGAAGGAAAAGAGUUACGAGUAACUCUUCAGGAUUAUCGCAUAAUGAAUCUCUCAAUUUGGAGGAGAAAAGGACGUACAAAAGGAGAUAUAAGAAGAAAAAACGGCGAGUCACCAAAGAUACAAAUGCUUUAACAUCCUUAGAACCUUAUGUUACUCAGUCACACGAAGUAAAUUUAGGAAUACCUACGAUAGAAGUUGAUGUUACAGAAUGUACUGAAGCUUCAUUAGAGGUACCUCGGUGGCGACAUAAACUUUAUGCAAGUUGUUAUACAAUGGAAGGCACCGAAAAUCUAGAUGAUGAAGUCUUCAAUAAAAGACAUAUGAGGUUAGAAAAUGACGAAAGGAGACGAAAACGAUGGGAUGUUCAGAGAAUCCGGGAGCAGAGGGUUAUAGAGAAGUUGAAACAGAGACAGGAGCGAGCCGGUUUGGCAUCUAAAGAGGAGGAUAACGAACCAGUUAUGUCGUUGUGGCCAAAAUUAGAAGAUAUCAAAUUCUUGGAAGUCAGUGAAGAGUUACCUGUAGCUGCCUUUGGGCAUCCCAUAACAAAGUUUGAUCCGUGCGAAUUCCGUGUACCUUGGAUGGAGAACCCAUCGAUCCUGAGCAAAAAGUCACAUUCUCGAAAAUCAAAACUGAAGAGACGAUGCACGACUAAAAGAUGAAAUUUGGCUUAAGCUAGAUAAAAUGGUACCUGGAUGACGGCAUAAUAAAAAGAAGACAAAGAAGCUUUUUGUAAAAAUUGUAAAUAAGCAGAAAAACACAUUUCCGUUCUUUGUCGUGUAAGUCUUAAAGAGAUAUGUAGAUAAAUGUGGACUAGCCAGAGCAAACUGUUGUUUGUUAAGCUUCCAUUAUUUUUGUGAUUUUAGACUUAUGUAUAAAGUAUGUGCUAGUUUGAUGAAUCAGAAAUAUUAUAAAAUAUGUGCUGUUUUAAUGAAUCAGAAAUUUUAAUGAAUUGAAGAAGUUAUAUUUCACAAGUGUAUACGUAAGAAAAAAUAAAAGUUGAAUUUGUAAUAAUUUUUGUGUAUUAAUCGAAUAAGUGAAAAUGAAUUUAGGUCAAUUUUAAGUUUAUUAUUUUUAUUUUCAAACUGAAGACUGAAUUAUUCGUAUAAAUACUGUAGUAAUAUAAAAACAAUAUAUUUCAUCAUAGUUUUUUUAGUUAUAUGCAGACAACAAUAAAAAAAAUUAAUUCUCGA